CAAUUUACAUUGUUUACAACAUAUGCUACAAUAAUUGCUGCGAUAUAUGCUACCCACCCGGCCACCAUACGUACCCUUAAUAAAGUUUGGGUGCAUUUAGAUCCGAUCGUGACGAAUAAACCACACGAGAAAGAUCUGUUCCGAGCGACCGAAAUGUACUCGCCGUCGAUGCCACUGCCCGCAUCGGAGAUAGUGAAAUUCCGAACGGAAACACCCAGAGACCUCGAAGCUUCUUUACUCCAGCUCCUCCACGAACAUCACUACUCAUCUUUCCGCCUCCGGGACCAAGCCGAGAGAGCGAAGAAUGAGGCGAUCAAGAACGCGGGGCGUGUGGCGGAUCUGCUGGUGGAUGCAGUGAACGGAGGAGUGCAAGAGUCUUUCGUCAACGAGAAGCGAAUCGAGCUCGAGAUUCGUGCAUUAGCCGCCACAGUUACGCGGUUCAUUAAGCAGACUGAUCAGUGGCUCGCUGCCUCUCACUCCAUCAACACUGCUGUUAAGGAAAUUGGAGACUUUGAGAACUGGAUGAAGACAAUGGAAUUUGAUUGUAGAAGUAUCAAUGCGGCAAUACGCAACAUACACCAAGAAUGAUCUCAAUGAAUAACGACGGAGUCUCGGGCAGAAACAGCUAGAAUAUCCGCACAGGAAACAACUCCAGGACAGAGAGACUCCAGCUGAGAUUUAAUGGUGUCGAUGACAUCAAAACCGCGCAAAGAAUCAGCAUUUGGGCCAGCUUCCUUCUCCCCAGUGAAGUUUGAAGUGUCAUCCAAUAAGACAGAUGCAUCACAUCCCUGCAUGAACCAGGUAUAUAGACAAAACUUAUUAGUUUAUAAUUGCCAGUUACUGUGAAACACACAUACUUUUUACUCUGCUUUAGUAGGUUCAGUCUGUAAUUUUAGCAAGUAAUUCACUGAACUCAUGAAUUGAACAAGCCCCAUGGAUGAAUUAUUUUUGUGAUUUGAAUUUUGAUUUUCAUAGUUCAGUGGAGCAGCUUUGUCGUUGUGCUAUUAAAUGUGGAGGGAUUGUGAUUAUUAUUGUCUAA